GCUUCUGGGCCGCCAGGUUCAUGUGGAGGUUCUCAGGCGUCCGCGCCGCGCUUCGAGGGGUCCGGACCGCGGUGGAACAGUGCAGCCCGGCCGAGGCCGUGACUGAAAGGGCGGUGGGCGCGAUGGAGCGAGCCGUAGUGCGCUGUGUGCCCUCCGAGCCCAAGCUGAGCCUGUCGUUUGCGCUGGCAGACGGCAGCCAUAAGAACAUGCAGCGCGAUCAAAGCGAGCCGCUGGGUCGGGUCCUGAGCCGGAUCGCUACCAACGCCCUCAAGGGUCACGCAAAGGCUGCCGCGGCCAAAAAGAGCAGGAAGAACCGGCCGAACGCGAGCAGCGGCGCCGACUCUUCAGGGCCUGGUCCUGAGCCGGCUGCGGCCUCUGAGCCGGUGGUGAAGCUGUAUUACCGGGAGGAAGCAGUGGCUGAGGAUGUACUCAAUGUGGACGCCUGGCAGGACGGCGCGGUGCUUCAGAUCGGCGAUGUCAAGUACAAAGUGGAGCGCAACCCGCCAGCCUUCACCGAGCUGCAGUUGCCGCGCUACAUCAUGGCGGGCUUCCCGGUGUUCCCCAAACUCAGCCUCGAAUUUGGGAACCCAGCGGGCUGCCUCUUCCGCUGGUACAAAGAAGCCAGGCCCGGAGCGGCGGAGUUUGAGGGCGGUGGCCCCUCUUCCUUGCCUCCCUCUUCUUUGUCUGCCACUUGGACGGAGGCCGGUGUGCAGGAGCGCGUCUACACCCCAUCCAACGCUGACAUCGGGCAGCGGCUCAAGCUGCACUGCACACCUGGCAACGGGCAGCGCUUCGGGCCGAGCCGGGAGUUGGAAAGCGUGUGCCCGGUGGAGGCGGGGCCUGGCACCUGCACUUUUGACCACCGGCAUCUCUACACCAAGAAGGUGACCGAGGACGCUCUCAUCCGCACGGUCUCCUACAACAUCCUGGCAGACACGUAUGCCCAGACGGAGUUCUCCAGGACUGUGCUGUACCCAUACUGUGCCCCCUACGCCCUGGAGGUCGACUACCGCCAGAACCUUAUCCAGAAGGAACUCACGGGCUACAGCGCAGACCUUAUCUGUUUGCAGGAGGUUGACCGCGCAGUGUUUUCAGACAGCUUGGUACCGGCUCUAGAGGCCUUUGGGCUAGAGGGCGUGUUUCGAAUCAAGCAGCACGAAGGUCUGGCCACUUUUUACCGGAAGUCCAAGUUUAGCCUCCUUAGCCAGCAUGACAUUUCUUUUCAGGAAGCCCUGGAGUCCGACCCACUUCACAAAGAACUGCUGGAGAAGCUAGUUUUGUACCCACUGGCUCAGGAGAAGUUGCUUCAGAGAUCUUCUGUCCUGCAGGUUUCAGUUCUUCAGUCUACAAAGGACCCUUCUAAAAAGAUAUGUGUUGCUAAUACACAUCUCUACUGGCAUCCCAAAGGUGGAUACAUUCGUCUCAUUCAGAUGGCAAUAGCCUUGGCUCACAUUAAACAUGUCUCAUGUGAUCUGUAUCCUGACAUUCCUGUUAUAUUUUGUGGGGACUUCAAUAGUACACCAUCAACAGGAAUGUAUGAGUUUGUCAUCAAUGGCAGCAUUCCAGAGGAUCAUGCAGACUGGGCUUCCAAUGGGGAAGAGGAAAGAUGCAACAUGUCUCUCAAGCAUUUCUUCAAAUUGAAAAGUGCUUGUGGUGAACCUGCUUACACAAAUUAUGUGGGUGGCUUUCAUGGGUGUCUAGAUUACAUUUUCAUUGAUUUAAAUGCUUUAGAGGUUGAACAGGUGAUCCCAUUACCUAGUCAUGAAGAAGUUACCACCCAUCAGGCCUUACCUAGUGUUUCCCAUCCCUCUGAUCACAUAGCUCUUGUAUGUGAUUUAAAAUGGAAAUAGAUUUGCUUAAUGGCAUUUGUUUAAAGUCUGAAAAGGAAAUUACCUACUUUGUAGGAAAUUUAAUGUAACCCCCAAAGAGGACCUCUAGCCACUAAUAUAAACCUUAUGUUCAUUCCCUCGUAAUGUUCCAGAUGUCUUUGUCACACACUAUUCAUGUUUGCACUUUAUAGUUUCUCUACCUUUUUUUCCAUAAACUUGGAAGAAAAACAAAUAUAUUUAUGACUAGCAAGAAGAAAACUGAAUUGUGUACAUUUUCAGAAGUGAUUUUUUAAAGCUGGUAAUUAAGAAUUUUUAAAAUACCCUUUGAAUGAUCUUUCAUAACACAUUUCAAAUUGAAUCAUGUUUCUAUAAUUAGGGGAAAGGAAAUGCACACAGGUUAAGGUGGGAGACUUAAGUUCUGACACAUGGAAGGAAUAACUUGAGGGCCUGCCUCUACCUCAGUUUGGUCAGCGAAUUAUUACAAUUUCAGAGCUUUAACGAAAAAUUAAAACAUACCAUCACCAACUUUUAUUUCAUCUCCUUCAUUUUUCAACUAACAAAAUAUUUGCAUUCUUUAGUUUUUAGUACAUGGUAUGCAGGGACAUAAUAUAUUUUCAUUCAUACUGAAGCUCAUUUUAAUUUUUAGGAUGUAAGCAGUUUAAUAUUCAUAGUGAGCAAUGACAUAUUCAUUAUCUUCUAGUCUAUGAAAAAUGUUCAUAAAUCAACAGGGUAUCAGACUGUGAUAUUAGAGAAUACAGCACAAUACGUUAUUUUAUGAGAAACUGUCUACCAGUCAGGCUGGAAAACUUUAGAUGAAGCAUUGAGCAUUUCUACAUUACAAGUAUUUUCAAAUUUUUGUUUUUAUAAAUAGGAAAAAAGGGGCCCGGGAUUUAGCUCAGGGGUACC